AGUGCGCAGACGCUACGGCCAUAGCACGAAAAGAACUAGACCCAGUACAAAGAAAUGUAGACUUGGGUGGAAAUUGUCCCAUCACCUUUUGACGUCUGUAACUUCUUACUUCUCUCUUAGGAAGGAGAAUCCUUGCAACAGCUGAUUGCUAGACACAGUUGUAUCUCGGUAAGGCGGGUAGAGAGAGUGAAGGAGGGUAGCAAGGUAUGUUGCGAGAAUGCCGUCGGUAGCACAGACUGAGUAUGGUAUUCGUGAUGUAUGGGCAGUACACCUGGAGGAAGAGUUUAGAAACAUCCGACAAAUUGUACAGAAAUACAAAUAUGUAGCUAUGGACACAGAGUUCCCUGGUGUUGUUGCAAGACCCAUUGGGGAAUUCCGCAGUACGACAGACUAUCAGUACCAACUUCUUCGAUGUAAUGUUAAUCUUCUCAAAAUCAUCCAAAUUGGAUUCACAUUUAUGGAUCAAGAUGGAAACAGACCACCAAAUACUUGUACAUGGCAGUUCAAUUUCAAAUUCAAUCUUCAGGAAGACAUGUAUGCUCAAGAGUCUAUUGACUUACUGAGGAAAUCUGGGAUACAGUUUGAGAAACAUGAACAAGAUGGGAUUGAUGUCGGCGACUUUGCUGAAUUAUUGAUGACUUCAGGUGUUGUACUCGUGGAUGAAAUCAAAUGGUUGUCCUUCCACAGUGGUUUUGACUUCGGCUACCUACUGAAGAUUCUCACCAAUUCCAAUCUACCCACGGAAGAGUCUGAGUUCUUUGAGCUAUUGCGUCUUUACUUUGCCAACAUCUAUGACAUCAAGUACUUGAUGAAAAGCUGCAAGAAUCUAAAAGGGGGACUGCAAGAGGUUGCAGAUCAACUUGAAAUUCAGAGAGUUGGACCUCAGCAUCAAGCAGGGAGUGACAGUUUACUUACUGGGUCUUCUUUCUUCAAAAUGAGAGAGAUGUUCUUUGAAGACAACAUAGACGAUGCUAAGUACUGCGGCCAUUUAUAUGGAGUGGGAACAUCAUAUGUACAGAAUGGUACCUCAACGUUUGAGAACAAUAGCUACAAUUCUACCCCCAACUCUCACUCAACACCAGUUUCAAGUGCAGAGGAUUCAGGAGGGACCAUGACGCAGGCUUCUACUUCAUGAUCUGGACUAGCUUAAUCAUGUCAGUGGUGGUAUGACUAAACACACUAGUCUGUGACAUCAGUGAGACUGCAUGGGUGAGGGUGGGUGGAUGAUG